AUGGGAAUCGCGCUUCAUCCAAAGCUUCUGGUGAAGGAGAAUCAGAUCUUCACCUUGUGCAUGUUCUUCGCCGUGCUGUUUGUCGUGCCCUUUUCCAUUGUCUGCUGUUGCUUAAGGGGGUCCAACAUCUCCAGCAAUGGCGUGUGUGGGGAGACCUUGAAGGUUUUCCACUCCUGCAUAGACAUCGAGGUGGCAGACCAGGACAUGCCUGGACUCUUCGCAGCCUCGGUGGAGUCCCGUCGACAAAUCUGCGCGGACUUGAGCCCAAUGCUGGAGGUCAUGAUCCGCAAAAACCCAGAGCCUAUGAAGCCUGGCUCGGUUGUGCAGUUCGUCCAGGCCACGGGUAGUGGAGAGGAGAAAGGUCGAAGAGGCGUUCUUCGAAACAAAGGACCUGAUGGCCGGUGGGAGGUCGAGGUGUGGCCUGUGACUGGCCCACCCAAGAGUGCGGCAGAGGUGCAGACAAAGGUCUUUCCUCAGUCCGUCUUGGCUGCGGCGGAGCCCAGGAUCAGCUGCCCCUUCAGCGAUCCUUCGAUCCGACGCGGCACUGCCGUCCUCUGGGCUCACAUGUGGCGGCUACAUCCGCACAUGCCUCCAGCGGUGCAGGCAGAGUUGACGGGGCGGUUGAUGCAUCUACCCAAGUUGGGACGAGCAAUGACCUCCAUAGCAGCCCACGGCGAAGGCGACCGCUCCGGCUUUGUGGACGUCGUGCGCAGCUCCAUCAAAUUCCAGCGCUGCCUCGUGCAGGCGAUGGACUUUGACGACUCACCCCUGCUGCAACUUCCACACGUGAGGUCAGUACCUGCAAAUCCUCCGACGCUGCGGGAGGUUGUGGAGUCGUGUGGCGAGGCGUCCCUUCUCCGGCGAAUUGGGAACUUCUCCGCAGAACAGGUCUUGGACAUCCAAGCCUUCUGCAGACAUGCCCCCCUGGUGGAGUUAAGCUAUGUGGUCGAGGUGAACGACGAGCCGGAUAUGGCAGAGGGGGACCUUGGUACCCUCAAAAUCACCCUCACGCGCACGAACUUGGACGCGACCGAAAGUGUCGGUGCAGUUCAUGCGCCUCUGUUUCCAGGAGUGAAGUUCGAGGAAUGGUGGUUGCUGGUCUACGACAAUCGUGGUCGAAGGAUGAUCGCGACAGACCUUGUCUUGGGCACUGGCAGAGAGUGCAAGAGCAAUGUGACAUUCAUCGUUCCACGUCCCGGCGACUUCAGCUGGACUGUCCAUGCAAUGUGCGACUCCUAUGCAGGCCUUGACGUGCAGUGCGACGUCCACUUCCGGGCUGCAAAGAAGAACGAGGUGGACAGGCCAUCCUGUGACGCCUCGAUUCAACGGCUGGCUUGGGGUAAGGGCAGCAAGAGUGCUAG